UUGUUCUGGUUUUAGCUCUCGGCUCUCCGCCCUCCUUGCUCUUGAUGAAACACUUGAAGUUACCUUGCUCUAAAUGCCAGUUUCCGAAAAGGAAAGUUAAAAUCUCCGAGUCGGCCCUGUGAGUUCCCGCAGGCUGUGUCAUCGCCGCGGGACAGCUGCGUAUGGCACGGUCGGGACGUACCUCGAGAGUCCUUCCCGUUACAAAAGCAGCAUUUCAUUGCUGCUGCCGAGCAAAGGGGCUCUAUACUGCCAGGAUUGUUAUAUGCUCAGUCACUCCUCUGUGAUUCAUGCGAGCUGUCCGGUGCUGUGCGUGCUUGUUCCUCACCCGAGUUUAAACCUGUCUGUCUUUAGAAUACUCUUAGCUUAUGUGAUCGCUGCACGCGUAAGGAGCACAGUGUGUUAAGUUAUCUCAGCAACCAUGCUGGCUGCCAGGCUGGUGUGCCUGCGGGCACUGCCGUGCCAGACCAUCCGCCCCACCAUCACUCAGGCUUCCCCAGCCCUGAGGAGCUCCAGCAUAAAAGCAUACAGGCUGUGGCAGCCUAGCCAGAGUUAUGCCACCAGAGCAAGAAUGGGCACAAGGCGUGGAAAACUUGGCCAGGAUGUGAAAGAAGCAGCAUUUGAGCCAUCUGCAGAAGCUGCACUUAAAGCUGAUCGCCUGGGGAAAUUCAUUCUUGCUGGAGGGGCUGCUGUUGGCCUGGGAGCCCUGUGCUACUAUGGAAUGGGCAUGUCCAGUGAGACUGGGGCUAUCGAAAGGGCUGCUAUUUGGCCACAGUAUGUGAAGGACAGAAUUCAGUCUACAUACAUGUACUUCGCGGGCAGCAUUGGCAUGACAGCUCUGUCUGCUGCAGCAGUGAGCAGAACUCCUGCACUCAUGAACCUCAUGACAAAGGGCUCCUGGCUGGCAAUUGGUGCAACUUUUGCAGCCAUGAUUGGUGCUGGAAUGUUGGUCAGGACCAUAUCCUAUGAACAUAAUCCCAUAGCUAAACAUGCGGCGUGGAUGUUGCAUUCAGGUGUCAUGGGUGCAGUGGUGGCUCCUCUGGCUUUCCUUGGUGGUCCUCUGCUGAUCAGAGCUGCCUGGUACACUGCUGGAAUUGUUGGGGGGCUCUCAACUGUGGCCAUGUGUGCACCCAGUGAAAAAUUCCUGAACAUGGGAGCACCACUUGGCAUUGGCUUAGGCUUUGUCAUUGCUUCUUCAAUUGGAUCCAUGUUCUUGCCUCCCACCUCUGCUUUUGGCGCCGGGCUGUAUUCGGUAGCGGUCUAUGGCGGCCUGGUGCUGUUUGGCAUGUUCCUGCUCUAUGAUACACAGCUGGUGGUCAAACGGGCUGAAACUCUGCCCUUCUACGGAGUGGUUAAAUACGACCCCAUCAAUGCAUGCCUGGGUAUCUACACUGAUACACUGAACAUCUUCAUUCGGGUGGCCACCAUGCUUGCAGGUGGUGGAGGUGGCAGGAAAAAGUAAACAGAGACUCAACUUUGCAACUGUCUGACAGCCAACCUAGUGCAUAUAUUAAAUAAACAUUCAUGAUUAAAGCAGUAAUGCUCCAAGUGAGAAUUUUAAAGCAUUUCAGCAUAUUGGUUCAGUGCAAUGUGAUUCAGUCUUAGUUUUUCUUCAAACACUUUCCAGCUCUGUGUUUAAAAUAGUCUGAACUGCUUCUUCUAAUUGUACAUUAUUUUGGGAAAGUAAAUUAUUUUUAAUAUAUGAAUAAAAUAGUCCUACCUGCUUUUUGAGGGGUUUGAUGGCAGUUCAACUCUUACUUUCUUUUUUGUUUGGUUGGUUUUUUUUAACUGUUGUUGCAUAGCAAAGGAAGUAAUUUUUGAACUGGUAUCCCAUAGGCAGAUAGGGGUGCAAGCUACUUCAUGAAAUGCUGCUUAGAUGCAUCAAGUUUUUGUUAAGGUUCAUAAAUUUUCUUUUAGUGGCAUCUUCAGAAGAAGUCAAUAAAUUGCAUAUGGCCCUAAAUGCAAUCAUGACUUUGACCUGGGCAGAAAUUUCAGAAAAGAUUAAGCAGGUUUAGACAGGUUAGAUGACCAAAAAGUGUAAAGGAGACAAGAUACGGGAACUAUGCAGCAUUUGUCCCAUAAGAACUUCAGUCUCCUUCUGAGUGCACAUGAGAAUUCCUUGCUUUAAUGUUGACUGGCUAUAAUAGCUAGUUUAUUUUGACACUAGAUUUAUAAGACUGUUAAAUGGCAAUAUAGCUGUGUCUUUCUUCUGGUGGCUAAAUUCCUGUACUGUCCAGAAAAGCUCCUAGUGGUCAUCUCUUGCAUGCUUGUACAAUUGGCCCAGAAACUGGGAAUUCAGGAUGGCAUGCUGUAAAGCCUAGGAUCAUAAAUUUGUCCUACUGUUGAGUGCAUUAGUUUGUUCAACUCUUCUCCAAAUUGAUUUAUUAAAUGUGGUCAAAAAGAAAUGUUCCCUAACAGUGAAAUUGAUUUAACAGUAAGAAAUUUAUACUUUCCAGACUCUAUUGCUGUAUGUUGGAAUAAAGGGGGAAUUCUUGGGCCAUGAAAAUUUUGACCUAAUGUAAGUAGGUCAUAUUUUCAGUUUCUGGCAAAUAUGUUAUAUUUAUGUAUUGACCUAUGAACAAUAAAAUUCUAGCCUCACAA